GCUUAUAAAUAGCCCCUCGUUGAGCACUCUUUGACAGUUUGUACUCGGGAAAUGUCUCUUGCUGAAUCCGGAGAGAUUUCAGUGAGGCCGUCAAGCCUGUUUUCUUCCGCUUGGUGGUGACGCAAAUUGGCAACAACUUGGCAGGCAAGCUGAAGGAGGCAAAUAUGAAGGCUGAUUUGGAGGCGCCUCUGCCUGCUGGACGGGAAGAGUUUGCGAUCCGGUGUCGAGAUGUGUGCCGGUCGUACGGCAAACUGAAGGUCCUCAGCAGCCUGAACCUGACUGUGCCACAGGGACAGAUUUAUGGCCUUUUGGGGCCCAGCGGAUGUGGGAAGACCACACUUCUGAAGUGCAUUGUGGGAACCCUAAAAAUCUCACGGGGUCACAUCACUGUUUUGGGGAAGCCACCUGCAUGUCCUGGUCACGAUGUUCCGGGGAAGAAAGUUGGAUAUAUGCCACAGGAACUGGCGCUGUACAAUGAGUUCACCAUCAGUGACACCCUGACCUUCUUUGGGCGAAUUCAUGGCCUGACAUCUAAGGAAACCCAGGCGCGCAUGAACUUUCUCAUUGACUUCCUGGAUCUACCUCAGAAAACCAGCCUGGUUCGAAAUCUCAGUGGGGGUCAGCGGCGAAGGGUGUCUCUCGGAGCGGCUCUGCUGCAGAAUCCAGAGCUGCUCAUCCUGGAUGAACCAACAGUAGGAGUAGACCCUGUACUCAGAGCUAAGAUCUGGCAGCACCUGGUGGAGAUUGUGAAGACAGGAAAAGUCUCUGUUAUCAUCACCACACACUACAUAGAGGAGGCCAGGCAAGCCAAUGUGGUCGGUCUCAUGCGACACGGCCGGCUGCUGGCUGAAGGUCCCCCAGAUGCUGUCAUGAAGCAGCACUGUGCAACAACCCUGGAGCAUGCUUUCCUGCAGCUGUGUGAGACAUCAGACCAGAUGGGCUCUAAACAGGAGUCCACUCCUCCAGAGGGAACAUUAGAGAAAAGCCAGUCAUUCGGGAGCGGAAGGGAUGAGAGUCAGCCAAUUCUUGGGGUCGGAUCUUCACCUGCAGAGGAAGGUCCCAAAUGUUCAGUGGACUGGAAGGUGCGAGCCAGACACGUGCUGCCAAAGUGGAGAAACAUCGCUGCCCUGAUGAUCAAAACACUGGUGCGGAUGAAGAGAAUGCCAGGCUCAUUGUGUUUCCAGUUCUUGCUGCCCGUCAUCCAGAUCUCACUCAUCUGUUUGUGCGUCGGAGGAGAUCCAAAGGGGAUCCAGGUUGCUGUAGUGAACAACGAGACCUCCCCCUCUUCUUUCAGCCAAUCACUCCUCUCCUUCCUGGACAACUCCAGCGUGCAGCAGGUGAACCUGUCCCACAAAGAAGCUUUUGAGGGGAUCUAUAAUGGAGAGUACUGGGGUGUAAUUGCCUUUGGCAAGAACUUCACCAGCUACCUGACUAAACGGAUGGUCCAGCGACAGGUUUCUCAAGAAAUAAUCGAUGGAGGAUCAGUGCACGUUUGGCUGGACCAGACAAAUCGACAGAUUGCCCUCAUGCUGCAGAAGAAACUACAACAGGCCUUUCAGGCAUUUGUGGAUAAUAAGUUGGGUGGUAUGGCGUAUCUGGUUGCUCUGCCAAUAAAGUUUGAGGAGCCGAUCUACGGCAGCCAAAACACAGACUUUACUACAUUUGUGACACCUGGAGCUGUGCUCAGUAUCACCUUCUACCUGGCCGUGGGUCUGACAGCACUCUCCUUCGUCCUGGAGAGGAAAGAGGGGCUUUUGGACAGAUGCUGGGUUGCAGGUGUGAGCUCUCUGGAGACGAUGCUGGCUCACCUCUUCUCUCAGCUGUUUGUCAUCAGCGUUCAGAUCAUCCUGCUACUUCUCAUGAUACUGCUCGUCUUUAAGAUACCUAAUGAAGGCUCCUUGGUGCUCGUCAUAAUUCUGAUCGUGCUGCAGGGUAUCACAGGCAUCUCAUUUGGCCUCGUGAUCUCAUCUGCAAUUGACGAUGAGCAGAGCGCCAACCAGGCCGCACUGGGCAUCUUCUACCCCAACCUCAUCCUCAGUGGUAUCAUCUGGCCCGUGGAGUGUAUCCCGUAUCCUCUCCGCUACCUUAGCCUGGUGCUUCCUCAGACCUACGCCUCAGAAGCCCUUCGCUGUAUCAUGUACAGAGGCUGGGGUCUGUCUCGGAUGAUGGUGUGGCGAGGCUUUGCUGUCACCCUGGGCUGGAACACUUUCUUCCUCAUCCUGGCGACAGUCAUCUUAAAGCUGCGGACGUGACAGCCUCACCCCACAGAGCGUCCCUUAGAAAUAGGGUGAAGCUUUCAGGUGAAGUCCCCAAGUCAGCGGUUCACUUGGGCCUCCUGCAUGUGGAUGGACUGGGACAACAGCAAGGAAAGGGGAGGGGGGUGCGUUCACUGUCAUUUAAUGGUCUGAUGGGUUGAAUGCAUCAGUUUCCCUCCUCCAAAUUAUCUCUCUCACACACACACACACACUUACAAAUAUUCACACUCUUGGGGUCCCCUCGCCAGCUAUCUGAUCCUGCAGCAGCUGCUUUGGCCUGUUUAAAUACAAGUGGCAGUUUGAGAUUCUGCACAUAGAAAUACACACGAUACUGUGUGUUAUAUCGGGAUCGUGUGCAGUCUUCUAAUUUGUUUCACUUCUAUCUGCAGCUUCUUUUAACGCCACACCAUCCGAACGGCCAUGUCCCAGUUCAUGGUCACUUAUUCAAAUUUUUGUUUGCCUUGAGUCUUCAUGCUACUAGAGAUUUGUCUUUAAUACUCUUUAUUUGACAGGUGAAGAAUCCCAUUUUGGGGGAAAAAGAGGAAAAAAUUGUGAAUGUACUGAAUGUAAAUGUAGGACACUGGUUUUGUACAUACAGUAUAUACUGUCUACCUUACAUAUAUUUGCAUUAUAAAGGAAAAUUUACUGAACUUUAGAUUUAAAAAAGAAGAAUCUUAGCACAACAAAGGAUUUUUUUGUCCACAAGAAAAUGUGAAAAUGUUUUCCAAGCAGAAAACCCGAGAAGACGAUUGUUACGUAAUGUCAUGGGACUAGCUUUUAAAGUGCUGAUUGCAUCAUGUUGCUCAGAAAGUUCUCACCCAUUCCCACAGAAACACCGUCUUUGCUGUCUGCUUGCUUUUGUGUUCAGUUUUAUAUCCUGUCUAGUUAUGACUUGACAGGAAGUGGUAACUGUGUUUCAUCUUGCCGUGUUACCAGGUGCUGAAAAAUCGUCACGUAGAGGCGCAUAAUUGUUGUCAGUUCAGCCUGAAAGUUUUCUUUAUGGGUUUCUUUUUUUGUGUGUGUGUGUGCCUGUAUCUCUUGUAGGAGGAGAUUGGUGAUGGGAAAGUACUGGUACUGUAUCUUUUUUUUUUUAAUUAUUAUUUCUCUCUACUUUGCGGGACAGAGUGGAGGUUGUUGGACAGAUUUCUUCUCGCUGGUAUAUAUAGCUUUACUAAUCCAUUCAGUUAUAUUUUUUACACAAACAUUUAAAUCGCUCAGACUUGAUACUUUGUUUAUUAAUCUUUAACAAUAGUACAGAUUAUGAGUGAUGCUGUUUUUGGAUUCAGCAUGUCGUGGAGAGGGUGUUUUGUACUGUGUGGUGAAAAAAAGGGAAGAAAAAUCAAAGAAAAAUGCAGAAAUGAGGUGUUUAGAGUCAGAAAGCUUGGUUUUCCUUCCUUUUUUAUGUAGAAAUAAUCUGCAAUGAAGACAUUUAAAUUUUGAAAUGACUCUUCGGGAUGCUUUGGCAUCCUACAACAGAUACCAAUCUUUAUUUUGGGGGGGUAUUUUUCUAAUUAGAGACAGGAUUUGUUUACUUUUGACCUUUUUUUUUAAAUGAAGUAUUAACAAACAUUAAAUAAUGUGGUAAAGCUGAGUUGGAAAAAUUUGCACUCUUUUUGUAAAAGAUAUCAGCUGUGCUAUAUAAAACAGGACAGUCUUAUCUCUUAUACAGUAGGUUCUGUGUUAAAUCUACACCAUAGGUGCAUCAUAACCUGAUGUGCACCUCCCUAGAAAUGUAAUUACAUGUUGCACUGAUGCAUCUGCAUAGGUAUAAAUGCUGGCAACCGUGUUGCCCACUACAUUGUAAGCUUUGCAUAGAUGCACUGCAGAGGGAUAAUUUAAGUGUAAACUAGUGAGCUGCCUGCCAUUUCCCCUAACAUCCUACCUUUAAAGGAAUAGUUUGACAUACUGGGGGGGAAAGGCCUAUUAACAGGGAUAAAUGAAAACUGCUUUAAUAAUGAAGUGACAACCAGUAACAGUUAGCUUAGCUUAGCACUAAGACAGGAAACAGGAAAACAGCCAGACUCAGUCCAAAAAUAACUAAAUUUGCAUACAAACAAGUUUAAUGCUUAACACAUUGUAUCUUUUUCAGCAAAAAAUAAAUAACUUAAUCUUUUUAUCUAUUUCCCAAAAUAUCAAACUUUUUCUUUAAAUAUAAAAACCUCUCAUGGGCCCACUAAACCAACAUCAUGUUGUGCCACUAAACCAGCAGUUUUGGAAAGUUUUGGAAAUGUUUACAUUCAUUAAUGCUUAAUAAAUCAGAUUUUAUUUUAUUUUUUUAAUUUUUAAUUUUUUUUUUUUAAUAUCCUAUAGAUCUAAAAACACGUACUUACUGAUGCAUAAUGUUUUGGUACCCAUGAUGCAACAGUGCUGGUAAUGGCAGUUAUAUUAUUAAUAUAUCCAGUAACAGGAUAAAUAAUGAAUCUAAAUGUCUGUAAAUCCCUCUGCCCGCUUUGUGCUGGAUUACAUUAUGUUUUAAUGAUGAUGAUGUACAUGCACCAUGCUGUGUAUUAAGAUUUUCCUGCGCUGUAAAUCUGCUCUUGUUGCUCUGCUGUACAUUCACUGGUGUUCCUGUCGCACAGUUUAGGGGACAUUGUGUUCUUGAUUGGUAGAAGUAGAGUGGUGACCUCUACUUGGUCUUAUAGAAACAGUUUUCUACGAUCUUCAGACGAUUCCUAAAUGGACUUUACUGUAUUUUGCCAAACUGUGAGGAUAUACUGUAGCUCUGUUCAUAUUCUUACCUCUGUGCCUCGGUUGACUUUCAUCACAUGAUAAUGUAUCUUUAUAUAAAAUCAUUUUAAAGUGGUGGACAGUCUCUGCUAAAAUCGGUGCAGCUUAUGUGAAACUGUUGCUGAUUCUGUGAAGAUGCUUUUUUGUUUAUUUUGUUCUUGGACAGCUGAGACAUUUUUGCCAAAAACUCUCUUUGAUCUGUAUAAAAAUGAUUUUUGUUCAAAAGUGCUCUGCAUCCAUUACUGAGGGAUGACCUUAUGUCCACUACUUACAUUUGCUUUCAGUUGGAAAUAUACCUACAAGACCAGCUAAAUAAUAUGUAAAAACAAACAUCUAAGCAAAGGUCUGCAUGUCGUUCCAUCUUAUAAGGUUUACAGGAACUGCAGUUAUCCAACCGAAGGACGUGAUUUAAUAAAUAGGGGUUCUCCUGUUUUGGUCCCGUAGUGCUAAAUAAAAGUGCGGUACAUCAUGGCUUAUUAAUUUAAAUAUUUUAGUCUUUUGCAAGAAGGAUGUGGAUCAACAGUGGCCAAAUCGCUUGAUUAGUCAUUCACUUUAGACCAAAAAUCUAUCGUCAUGAAAUUUUCUCUAGCUAUUCCUGGUUUCAUUAUGAUGUAUUCUACUUUGACGAUCCGCUGACCUUUAUUUCUGCGCCACCAAGAGAAUUGUAUUUUUUUGUUGAUUUUGAAAUAUCUUAAUAUGUUCUGUAUGGAUUUCUGUGCUGUUUGCCAUGCAAAUUCAUGCUACCUGUGGAUGAACUGCAAUAACAGUGAUUCCCUGACCUUUCAAGAAGACUACGGAGCAACAAAAUAAAAAGUCAGUUUCUUGGGUCCGCUUUUACAAUCUGCUUGCUAACAGGCUAAUCUAAAACAGUGAAUAUCGUAAACACGAUAUCUUCUUAACAUCCUGCAGAGUCAUUAAACGUAUGUUUGCACGCUAACGUCAGCUUUGCAGCCUGUGCAGCUUUGCUAAGUACUCUCUGAGAGAACCUGCUGAGAGUAAUGGCUGCUCUUUAUCACACAUAAUGCCUUGAAAUGUCUGAUUUCCUUUAUUCUAAAAAUGUGUUUUCUCAGUUUAUCUUGAUCAGUCAGUAUAUCUGUGCCUACUUUUUUUUUUUUUUUUUGGUUUGAAGUGGGCAUGCCAUGAGGAAGGAUUGCACAAAUCAGACAUGUUGCAAUUUUUACAUGCAAGUGACUCCAGUUGUUUUGUUGUCUAUGUUGCCAAGCCACCAUCAGUCAAAUCUGACCAAACACCCAUAAUGCUCUUUAGAAAGCAGAUUAGCUGCACUAUGACAAACAAAACACCCAGGCACAUUUGAUCACCAAUUAUCGCAUCAAAAAUAUUUCACGCUGUUAAGAAAUUUUAAACCGGUUUUUCAGGGGCUUUACAGCGAAUGCACGCCUGAAAGUUUUUCUUCAACUCACUUCCACAGUUAGAUUAGAAGUAGCCAACUCUUAUUCAAAGUUUAGUCUUUUUGUAGUUGGAAUAUUGCAGUUCAUGUAAACAAUGUUAUGAAGGUUUGUGCUGCCAGGAUGAAUCACAUCCUCUCUGCUCCAAACUCUACCUCCGCUGUCUCUCCCUAAAGGGCAUGUAAAGCAUUUACACUCCUGUGUUGUGACAUUUAUGCACUGUGAUAGCGGACAAGCGUGUCUGCAUUCAUUUAUUCUCAUACAAUAAACGCGGCUGAAAAAUC